AUGAGUCCUUCGACCUCGGACACCCUUUUAUCAGACCAACAACAAGCAAUCACAAUCAAAUGCAGCAACGAUUCCUCCCGAGUCAAGGUGGACUUUAUUCGACGCAUUCCUACCGAGCUAUUAUGCACGGUGCUUAGUCAUCUCGAUCCCAACCAUCUUGUCACCGAAUGUCUAUUGGUAUCCCAACUAUGGCGUGAACGCUUGUUGCAUUGUCCAAAAGUAUGGUCGCAAAUCAGAGUGGAUCGUAUGGAGUUCAGUCCUCGUGCUCUCUUGUUGGUGGGCAAGUACAUCCAGCUCCUAAAAGUGCAUCAUUGUGGUGGUCGUUGGUUUACUAUGCUGUUUGAAUACAUGAUUGCUGGUGCAUUCCCCAAGCUACGCACACUGAAACUCUCGCCAAUGGGACGAUAUCACAUUGAUCAAAGGGUCACCGAAGAAGGCUUGCGACAUUUACAAGGAUCGUUAAAGACGCUAUGUAUUGAAUGCCCGGCAGGCACCCUCCUCAAUUUGCAAUCCAUCUUUACAAGUUGUCCUCAGCUCAUUACGCUUGACUUUUGGCAUACAGCUGGUCUUGGUAUCUAUGAUCCAUUGCCAUACAUGGCAUCAUUAACAACAUUGACAGUCGUGCAAAGAACAACCGUUUUAUCCGAGGAACCACUUCAACGGAUCGUGGAUGCUUGUCCUAAUCUUCAACGUCUCAGCUUACGACUAUGCGAACCAUCCCAAAUGGCUUUUCUUGUACGCAGCUUGCCCAAGCUUGAGAUUCUCUAUUUCAACAAUUAUGGCGCAUCAGCAUUUGCAAAGGAUCCAAUCACUACCGAUAACCAGCCAACAACCAUUCAAGACCAGCAACCUGUUGGGUUACAGCACCUUGUAGCUGAUGCCAUGCACAUUCCUGAUCUUAUCGAGGUGUUACAGACGCAUUGCAGCACAUUAGAGACACUCGUUCUUGACAUGACAGGAUCAACAGGCAAUGAGUGGAGCCAAAUUGAACGACUAUUGGAACGUCCUUUGAAUAUGAUAAAGUUACACACAUUGGAAUACGACGCACAGUAUAUGGAUCAUGGGGAAAAUGUUCUUGAAUGGCUGCUGGCCGGCUGUACAGCUCUUGAAAAGGUCCAAAUAUCACGUGUCUAUGAUACCACCAAUGAUGACGACGAUGAUGAAACCCACCAUAGCCAUCAAAACACCAUUCUUUUCCAGCAUCUUUCUCGCAUGUCACGACUCAAGUAUCUUUCGCUGCAAGACAUUGAUAAUGUGGAUGGAUUGGAAGAAUACGCACGACAUUUGGGGAGUCUUGGAUCAGCGUGUCCACUUGAAAGCCUUAUGCUUCAUGAAUGCAUGUUGACUGACAGGCAUCUCAACGUGCUUGGCAAGAUACGAACGCUCAAAAACAUCAACAUUUUGUAUCCUGACGAUUGCAUUUCAACCACAGCAUUGAAUCGAUUCUUCUCAAGACAUCACCAUGGCUCAUCCGUGCUGGCACGAGUAAAGCUAUUUGCCGUCAAUUGUGCGACUCGAGACACGCUGGCUGCGAUCGGCAAGAUGCCUGCACUAGAAUCGUUACUCUUGUACUUUCAUGGAGGAUCGAGGAUAUCCAAGCAAGAUGCUGUAGAGUUUGCUGAGCAACAUCCACACGUUAAUCUUAAAUGUUUUGGAAGGCAUUUUGAAGAGUCGCAAUAA